UUCGUCCCAAUUAACCGCAAUUUUCGGGUAAAUAGGGAUUACACCUAUUUUUGCAUUUUUUGCUUAAACUGGAAUGCUAGUUGCAUAAUUUUAAAUUAGACAACAAAGAUGCCCCCAAGACUCAAUCAUUUUGAUCCUGAUAUAGCAUUAUAUACAUCAACAACUACCCUAAAAUUGCUCAUAAAGUUGGAAUUUGUCCCUAAUCGCCCCAUUUUACGGUAUCUAAUUACAUGACAAGAAAACAUUAAUAUGUGAUAAUUUUCAACAUUAACAAAUUUGUCUUUUAAAAUUAAAUAAUGUCGCUCGAACAAACUGCUUGUGAUGAUUUGAAAGCUUUUGAGCGUCGUUUAACUGAAGUGAUAGCAUGUCUCCAACCAGCUACAAUGAGAUGGAGAAUUCUACUGACAAUUGUGUCAGUUUGUACAGCAAUAGCAGCAUACCAUUGGUUGAUGGAUCCUCUGACACCUGUAGUCUCGCUCACACAGUCUUUGUGGAAUCAUCCCUUUUUUGCUGUGACCUCUACAUUAUUGGUUUUGCUAUUCAUGAUUGGAGUACAUAGAAAGGUAGUGGCUCCUAGCAUCAUCACAGCGCGCACUCGCUCCAUACUUAAUGACUUCAACAUGUCUUGUGACGAUACUGGCAAACUUAUUCUGAAGCCGAGACCAGCAAAUAGCUCAUUAUUUUAAAUAUUAUCUAACUUUGUACAUAUCUUUAAAUAUUAAAUAUAAGAAUAAACUUGUUUUUAUUUUA